AUGACUGUUGCUAAUAACAUUAAGACUUCCCUUCCCGAGGUUGACAAUGCUAUGGAACUGUUAACGGCUAUUAAAGAACGCUUUAAAUCAGCGGACAAGUCGUUAGCAGGGACACUCAUGGCUGAAUUGACUACCAUGAAAUAUGGUGGUGAUAAGGGAAUUCAGGAACACAUCCUGAAUAUGACUGAUAAGGCUGCCAAACUUGGAGCUCUUGGCAUGAAAGUGGAAGAGUCCUUCCUUGUGCAAUUUAUCCUUAACUCACUUCCAUCAAAGUUCGGCCCAUUCAAAAUCCACUAUAAUACUCAAAAAGAUAAGUGGAAUUUGAAUGAGCUGACUAGUAUGUGUAUUCAAGAGGAAGUGAGAUUAAAGCAAGAAGGAAAUCACUUUGCAUUGGCUGUAACUCAUGGAAGUAUGAAGAAGAAAGGGAAAUUUGUGAAGAGUGGAAAGAAAUUUGCACCAAACAAAAGAUAUGAACCUGAUGAAAGUAGUCAGGGUCAUGGAAAGGCUUUUGUUCUGUUACUUUUGUAA